CCACCACGUUACCUACGUUACUUACCCACCUACCUUCCUGCCUUCCUUCGCCAUCACAAGCCGUUCGUUGGCGACAACCUCGACCACAUCACCAUCCUCUCCCUCUCCUCCCCCUUCCCCCCUCCUCAUGCCAUCCUCCUCUUUCCCAGAGGUCCGACAUUCCUCAACCCGCGAUUCCGAAGCCACGCUGGUUUCCGCCUCUGCGCAUGCCGACAUGACUCUCUCCACCGAGGACUACCCUUCGUCGGGCGCUAGUACCCUUUCCAAGGGCUCCUCACGCGGACCCCAUCCCAGGCGGGCCCAGCAGCAGACGCCGCAACAACAGCUCAGCCAGAUUGAGAAGUCGGUGACCCAUCUCCUUGUCGCGACCAAACAACUUCUCGAGACCCUGACGCUAUGGUCCCGUGGGACUGCCACCGAAAGCGAAGUAUCCGACGUCUACGUGCGCCUGGGCUAUGAGUUCAACAUCGCUUCGCGCGCCUUCAACGCCAUCGGCGUCGAUACACAGGAUCUAGGCAAUGUCCCGGAACUAUUGCGGGGCAUUCUGGAAGAGACUCUGAGCCAGGAAGCUACCCAAGCCAGCCUCGACAACUUCCUCCCGCGUAUUCGCGACAUAAUCAUCAAUCUCCUUCAUGGUUUGAAGAAGAAACAGCAACGCUUGCGACAGCGAACGGGACGCGACGGCUCUCUGAAUGGCGGCAGCCCGAGGCAGGGUAGUAUAGACAGUACCGGCGAGUUGGACCAGCCGCAACAAGCGAGGGCUUCAAGCACGCGGCUUCCAGUUCGUCAAGAAGGAGGUGAAUACCAGCCCGAUGGUCCUGACCUGCCUCCUCGCUCUUCAUCCGUGCCCGGUCGAGCUUCUCCGACCAAGUAUGAUUCGCUUCCAUCGAAUCCUCGCACCAACCGCAACACAGACACAAGUCAGCUAUCGAGUGACUCGUCUCUGUCUAGCAAUACGCUGCAGCAAAUUGCUGUCAUCGCGCCAUACCCAGAUGAGGACCCCAUGCCAAAGUCUCCUGAGCCGAAACAACCAAACUAUCCCAUAGACUUCCCUCCGCCACCACCUCCCCCGAAACAGCAGGAUGCAUUGGCAGCGUUGCAGCGUGGCGGUGAGCUGGAAAGGAGAGCUUCUCGGCGUUUCUCUGCCUAUCAAAUUCAGAAGCACCUGGGAACAAAUGGUAUUCCGCUCCCACCCGUGCAAAACUCGCCUAUACCGAACCGAGGAAGGGACGUCCGCGAAUCCAUGAACGCUGUGCGCGUCAGAGGCUCCACCAUUCACAAUCGAAAUAGGUCGAGACCGGUUCUAGACACUGGGCUUGACAAGCCAAACGACGUAUCCAGGCGUAUAUCCGAAGAAAGCAGUCAGAGCUCUGCGCCAAACAUCAAGCCGCCUCCGGAACCCGCGCCCGACGACAGCCCCACUGCAAAGACGCCAGAAGACAAGCUCGCUGCGCCCAAGUACCCCGAGGGUGACCAGCCUCUCCUUGGUGCAACACUGAAUGGUCCGCUGAGCGACCCUUCUGAGCUCCCAGCAGAUAGUCCCGUCAAGGAACCUCGAAAACCCUCGAGUAUCCCGUCCAGAGUUCAAUCACGCAGGGUGAAGACCCCAUCUCCUCAGCCUGAGCAGUUCAUUCCAGACCAAUCACCCCAGGCAGGCAAAGAGCUAUCCCUGUUUCUGCAGUACAAAAGCAAAAUAAAGAAGUAUGUGUUUUCAGACGGAGCGGAAUUGUCCAUCGGAAGAUUGCAGCUCGCAUUCAUCGAAAAGUUUGCUUGGGACACCCACCGCAACGGCGAGCUUCCUGAAAUUCACAUACAAGAUCCCGUUUCCGGCGUCCGCUAUGAGCUUGAAGACAUCAACGAUAUCAAGGAUCGCUCUGUCCUGGUACUCAAUAUCGAGCAGCUGGAUGAAGUCAAGCAUCACAUCGACGACAAGUUUGGCGGCCUCAGCCGCAUAAUGGAGAGUAUCAAAACUACUGUCGAGGACCAGCAAACAGCCAUUCAGCGUGUUGCGGAACGCCAGCAGCAGGCCGCUAAAGAAAUUGCUGGCAUCGCCGCUGCACCGACACUGUCUUCUGCCCGUGUUUCAACCAUCAUGACACCCCGUUCGCCCGCGCCUACCGGCACCUCCACGGAAUUAAAUAUAUCCUCCGCGGCCCAGCUUAGCGAAGUUCAAGCCCUCCGUCGCGAUCUAGCCGUUGUCAGACAGACUUAUGCUUCGUUUGCUGGAGACAUCGAGGCUAGCAUGUCCACUAUUCGCACCAAAGCUGCGGCUGUCAAGACUCAAGCUGUCAAAACAGCACUCCCCACUCUCGAGGGAGAUUCUGGUCGCGCUUACGUCAACGCCGGCAAGAAAACGCUACAGGAUGAUUCCGAAAAGAUCGUGAACCGAGUCGAUGAUUUGCAAGAUCUUGUCGAAGAUUUGAGAAAGGAUGUUGUGGCUCGUGGCGUCCGCCCUCUGCCACGCCAGCUCGAGACCACCGCCAAAGACCUUUCGACUGCCACAUCUGAACUCAAGAAGCUGCAGGAAUACUUGGCCAAGGAGAAGCCGCUGUGGACGAAGAUUUGGGAACAGGAGUUACAGAUGGUCUGCGAAGAGAGGGAUCUGCUCACUAUGCAAGAAGAACUCGCGGCCGAUCUGCAAGAUGACCUUGAAAAGGCUGCCGAAACCCUCGAGCUUGUGGAACAAGCCACGAAACAGCAAAACCUCCAGACCGAAAAGGAGCAAACCACUGGCAUGCGCUCGGCUUCCGGACGCAACAUGCUACAUGCAGCGAACUAUGACAAGGCCGUUGAUCCACGCCAAGCUCGUGACGGCGUUCUAGGUGAAGUUAAGGCGCUUCAGCCCAAUCACGAGAGCCGACUGGAAGCAAUCGAACGCGCGGAGAAAGCCCGUCAGCGCGAGCUCGAGAACCGUCGGGAGGGUGAAUUCAAGAAGGAGUUGGGCAGUUUUGUCGAGGAAGGAAAGCUCAAGAAGACGGGUGGAGUCGAGGAGGCGGAACGCUUGCGUAAAGCCAAAGAUGAGCGUGCUCGCAAAGAGAAUCAUGACAGGAUGGCCGCCCGUGCUAGAGCUAGAGCAGAGAAGGAAGCCGCCGCCGCUGCGGGAGUUGCAGUCGAGACCACCGACGAAAACAAGGAUGGAGCUCCGACUGGCGAGGCGGCACAAGAAGCAACGGAAGAGCAGGCUGCAACACCAGAAGGUGCUACCGGUCCUGCAUAA